AUGAGUCAUUCGAUUUCUUCGGCCUCACGCACCCAUCCAUAUAAUAAAAAGACAUCUUUACCCGUAAUUAAAUCUAACCCCGAAUCUCAACUUAUUCUGAAUGAAGCUAACUUGUCUCAUUUCACGACCCUUGACUCGGGCGACUUCCCCAAACCCCACAUGAUCCUACCUAAAAACCCUACCAUCACUACCGAAAUGCUUGACGAUAUCAUAAACUCGAAAAUAUCCAACGAAAAACGUGUCAUAUAUGAAUCGAAACUUUUCCUGCCUCUUCAUAAUCUCAUAUUCUUCAGCCAUAGUCCAAAACGUACUUCGGACUUUCCAUGUUAUCAAAAUAGCUUUGUGAUAUUUAGAAAAGAUUUUCAGGCCAAAUUGUCUGUUAAUCGACGCAAUAGAUUCGGUUCGUUUCUUAAGGAUGAUCCUCUGGAUACUGCGAAGAGUGAGAAACGGAUUUGGAAAGAUAUGUCUUCCGAGGACAAACACAUGUACGAUCAACUUUUACUGUGCAACAAUACGCUUCACGACAUAUUGUGGUCGAACUAUCGUUAUUGGAAAUCAAGAAACGAAAGGUGUGAAUACGAAUAUGCAAAGAACGGAUCGAUUAAAAUAUGUUCUCCAACAUUUUUUAUGCCAGUUUCACGCAAUCAAAAAGUCAACAAUCCCUCCCUCCAUUUCAUGAUAAGUGACCAGGCCUUGACACCGCGCUCGCAUUAUAUGACACUGGAUCCACCCGUGGCAUCCAAUCAUUCUUUGUCGUCGUAUGAUAAAUCAAUUAAAGACUCGAUUGACAAAAACAUGACCUUACCUUAA